CGAGUCCGACUCGGCCCACCACCGCACUCAUGCCGCAGAAGCACCGUGGGGAAGAGGGCGUCAAGAGCAAGGGGCGCAAGAAGAGCGAUAAGGCCACUCGUAAUUUCGAGCUCCAUGGGACGUACAGCGCAAAGCACCUCCGCCUGAUAGAAGCCUCGCGGGAGCGUCAAGCGGAGGCGAGGCGCACAAACACGUAAGAAGCCGCAAGGACCGCCAAGCUACGAUCGCAUCAAGUCACCAAGUGGCGCUCGGUCCUGGGCUGCGACGGGCGAGCAGAGUGGCGCUCUCCCAUGUUCCUUGGUCGAGCUCGCACAGCAGCUGCUUCGCAGCCCGCAGUGGGUCAAAAGGUUACGCGCGGCCACGGGCGCCGAAGCAGGAGCUCCGCGCUGGAGCUCGGAACCUGUCACCUCGGACACGGAGCCCUUCAGCUUCACGGGCCUCGGGCGCACUCAAGCCGUGACCCGCGUGUAAGUCUGGGUGUGCCGCGCAGAGCGGCCCGGAUAACCACAAGUGGCUGUGUCUUGUACUUAUGUGUUCCAGGGUUAGUAAAUCGCUC